CACAUUCGGCCAUGGAGGGAGCGGGGCCGGGGCGCUGUGAGCGCCUGACUGCUGAUGAGAUGGACGAACAGAGGAGGCAGAAUGAUGCCUACCAGUACCUGUGUCACCUGGAGGAAGCCAAGCGCUGGAUGGAGGCCUGUCUGGGUGAGGGCCUGCCCCCACCCACGGAGCUGGAGGAGACCCUGCGCAAUGGGGUCCUCCUGGCCAAACUGGGCCACUGCUUUGCCCCUGCUAUUGUCCCCCUGAAGAAGAUCUACGACCCUGAACAGACACGGUACAAGGCAGCCGGGCUUCAUUUUCGGCACACGGAUAACAUCAACCACUGGCGUAAUGCCAUGAGCCACGUGGGGCUUCCCUCGAUCUUCCACCCAGAGACCACUGACAUCUAUGACAAGAAGAACAUGCCCCGGGUGGUCUACUGCAUCCAUGCACUCAGCUUCUACCUCUUCAAGCUGGGGCUGGCUCCUCCGAUCCAAGACUUGUAUGGGAAAGUGAACUUCACAGAGGAGGAGAUCAACAACAUGAAGCAGGAGCUGGAGAAAUAUGGGCUGCAGCUGCCUGCCUUCAGCAAGAUUGGUGGCAUUUUGGCCAAUGAGCUCUCAGUGGAUGAAGCAGCAGUCCACGCUGCAGUGUUAGCCAUCAAUAAAGCGGUGGAUCGGAGGGUGGUGGCCCAGACGAUGGAGACCCUCCACAACCCCCAUGCCAUGCUGGUGGGACUGCGUGAGGAGCUGGCAGGUGCCUACCAGGAGGUGCUGCACCAGGCCAAGCUGGAGAAGGGCAGCAAUGCCAGAAACAGGUACCCACAGGUGAUCCCCGAAGGAGAGGAUGUCUAUGACUGGUGUCUGACCCAGGCUGAAAUCCAAGGGAACAUUAUCAAAGUGAAUGUGCGUGGGGCUCUGGAAGAGGUGGACAAUGCCCUGGAGAGACAGGAUGUGCUGGCACUGCACCGUGCACUCUGGGACCCCACCCUGGCCCUGAGCUGCCUCCAGCGAGACAACCUCGAGCUCUACUUGGAGCAGCUCAGCACAGACCGGGAGGAGAAGGCGCUGGAACUGGGCUACCUGGAGCUGCUGGAGCAGGAGGAGGUGCAGGCGGGGAUCCUCACAGCGAAUCGAAGGGAUGAGAAGGAGCGAGCCAUGCUGCAGGCUGUCAGCCGGAUCAACGCUGCUGUCCACCGAGGGAUGCCAGCAGAAACCUUGGAAGCGCUGAUGGACCCUGCAGCCCAGCUGCCUGAUGUGCACGCCCCUGCUGCCCUGCUGUACCAGCAGCAGCUGGCCCUGCUGCAGUGCCAGCACCCACGGGGUGAGUUGGCACAGGAGGAAUUGUUUGUGGCUGUGGAAAUGCUCUCAACUGUUGCACUGGUUAACCAAGCCCUGGAUGCCAGGAACCCAAACAGGCUCUGGAGCAGCCUGGUCAGCCCUGCCCUGGGCCUCUCAGGAGUUGAAGAUGCAAACGCACAGAGGUACUUUGAUGACUUGUUGCAGCUGAAAGGCCAAUCGAGGAAAGCAGGAGCUGAGUUCCUGAGCUGGAAUGACAUUCAGGACAGUAUCAACAGCACCAAUUCAUCAGUGCAGGAUGAAAACGACCGAGCCCACGCGGUCCGGCUGGUCAAUGAGGCGCUGCUGCAGGCGGACCCUGAGAAGACGCUGGCGGCGUUGCUGCUACUGGCGCCUGCCCUGCCUGACAUUGCCCUUCCAAACGCUCCACGCUACCACAAUGUCCUGUCCAGGGCACGGAAGCAGAAAGUCCAGACCACAGAGGACAAUGGAGCAUUUCUUUGCUGGGAGGAGAUCCAGGAAGGCGUCUUCCAGGCCAACCAGGACACAGUGGCAGCCAGGAGCAUGGCUCUGGGCACAGCUGCCAUCAACCAGGCCAUCAAGGAAGGGAAGGCGUCACAGACACUGCGGGUGCUGUGCAACCCUGACGUGGCUCUGUGUGGGGUAGUGAACGCCUGUGCUGAUGCCUACCAGGAGCAGCUGGCAGCUCUGAUGGCCACCAAGAGACCAGCAGGGGGCAUGAAGCCAUCCUGGAUCCGGCACAGACUGCUGGAUGGUGCUGAGUACUACCUGAACCUGCAGACCUUGGAGGGCAGCUGGCAGUGCCCACACAACGGCAGCUUCAACACCACGCAUCUGAGCCGAGAGGAGAUCCAGUUGGUCGUCACCCAAGUGACAGUGGCACACGACCGGGAGUGCCUGUGGGCAUCCAACAUUGCCUUGGUGGUGAGGCUGCAGGCACGGCUCCGGGGCUUCCUUGUUCGCCAGCAGUUCAUAGCACGGCGGCACAUCCUGCAGGAGCAGAGGCCAGCUGCCAUCAGGAUCCAGGCUUGUUGGAGGGGGUACAGGCAGCGCAGAGCUUACCUGGAGAGGCUGCACUACCUGAAAUCCAACACAGAGGCUGCAAUCAAGAUCCAGGCAGCUGUGAGGAUGUGGCAGGCACAGAGAAAGUACCAGGAGAGGCUGCGCUACUUCAGGCAGAAUAUUAAAGCCAUAAUUAAAAUCCAGGCUUUUGUGCGAGCGAACAAGGCCCGUGGGGAUUACAGGAUGCUGGUCCACACCAAGAGUCCAGCCUUAGGCAUCGUCCGGCGCUUCAUCCACCUGCUGGAGCAGAGCCAGCACGACUUCUGGGAGGAGUCAGAGGUGCUGCGGCUGCAGGAGGAGCUGGUGAAGAGGAUCCGUGCCAGCCGGCAGCUGGAGAGCGACCUGGACCUCAUGGACAUCAAGAUUGGGCUGCUGGUCAAGAACAGGAUCACACUGCAGGAGGUGGUCUCCCACUGCAAAAAGCUGACCAAGAAGAACAAAGAGCAGCUCUCAGAGAUGAUGUCCAUGGACAAGCAGAAGGGGCUCAAGUCACUCAGCAAGGAGAAGCGGCAGAAGCUGGAGGCCUAUCAGCACCUCUUCUACCUGCUGCAGACACAGCCGGUGUACUUGGCCAGGCUGAUCUUCCAGAUGCCCCAGAACAAGUCCACCAAAUUCAUGGAGUCGGUGAUCUUUACGCUUUACAACUACGCAUCCAACCCACGGGAGGCUUACCUGCUGCUCCAGCUCUUCAAAGUGGCGCUGCAGGAAGAGAUCAGGUCCAAGGUGGACCAUGUUCAUGACAUCCUGACGGGCAAUGCCACGGUGAUCCGGCUGGUGGUCAGCUUCUACCGCAACAUCCGUGGGCAGAACGCCCUGCGGCACAUCCUGGCUGGCCCAGUGCAGGAGGUCCUGCAGGACAAGACUCUCAGCAUCCGCACGGACCCUGUGGACAUCUACAAGGCGUGGAUCAACCAGACUGAGUCACAGAGUGGGCACAGAAGCAAGCUCCCAUAUGAGGUCAGCCCUGAGCAGGCUCUCAGCCACCCCGAGGUCCAAAGGCGGCUGGACAUUUCUAUCCGCAAUCUUCUGGCAAUAACAGACAAGUUUGUCUCUGCUAUCACCUCUUCUGUUGACAAGAUCCCCUAUGGGAUGCGCUACAUGGCCAAAAUCCUGAGGAUGUCCUUGGUUGAGAAAUUCCCCAAGGCCUCAGCAGAGGAGGUCGAUAAGGUUGUGGGGAACCUGCUCUACUACCGCUUCAUGAACCCGGCAGUGGUGGCCCCUGAUGGCUUUGAUGUCGUGGAUGUGUCAGCCAGGGCGGCCCUGCACCCUGACCAGCGCCGCAGCUUGGGGUCCAUCGCCAAAGUGCUGCAGCACGCUGCUGCCCGCAAGGCCUUCCAGGGGGAGAGCGCCCAUCUCUGCGGGGUGAACCAGUACCUGGAGGACACCCACAACAAGUUCAGGAGGUUCAUCUCUGCUGCCUGCUGCGUCCCUGAGCCUGAAGAGAGGUUUAACAUGGAUGAGUACUCAGAGAUGGUGGCAGUGGCCAAACCAGUCAUCUACAUCACAGUGGGGGAGCUCAUCAACACGCACAAGCUCCUGCUUGAGCACCAGGACUCCAUUGCACCACACCACAGUGACCCCCUGCACGAGCUCCUGGAGGAUCUUGAUGAGCUUCCUACAGUCCAGUCCCUGGUUGGGGAGAGUGUUGCCAGCCUGGGAGACAGUGGUGCUGAGCAGGUGCUCUCCCAGCUCAGCAGAACAGAGAUCUCCCUCACCCUCACCAACAAGCUGGUGCCAGUGGCCAGCAGUGAGGAGAGUGACACGAGGAGCCUGCUGCUGAGCACCAAGCAGAUGCUGGUGGAUUUGAUCCAGUCCCAGCCAGGAGAUUCUCUCCCGGAAAUCCUGUGGACACCAGCCUCAGAGCAUGAGGAAGCUGCCCAUGAGCACCUCAUGUGCCGGCGAGCGCUGCAGGACGCCCAGACCUCUGCCCAGCUGAAGCGCCAUCGCUCCCUGGCCACCAACGGCCGGCUCUCCAUGGAGGAGAAGAAGCGCAAGGUCAUCCGCAACCUGCGGCGCUUGGAGAGCCUGGGGCUGGUGGACUCUGCCAACUGCUACCAGGAGCUCAUUGAUGAGCUGGCCAAGGACAUUCGGAACCAGCGGCGUCACAGGCAGCAGCGCCGCAGGGAGCUCCUGAAGCUGAGGCAGACCCUGGAGGGCCUUGAUGCUAAAACUCUGUUUUAUGAGGAGCAAAUUGAUUAUUACAACCAGUACAUCAAGACCUGCCUUGACAACCUGGCAGCCAGCAGCAAGGUCAGUGGGAAGAGCAAGAAGCUGCCAUCGCUGCACUACACAGCAGCCCAGCUGUGGGAGAAGGGGGUGCUGCUGGAGAUCCAGGACCUGCCACCCAGCCAGCUCAAGAACGUGAUUUUCGACAUCAUCCCCUGUGAGGAAUCAGGCAGGUUCCAGGUGAAAGCCAAAUUCAUGGGGAUCGACAUGGAGUGCUUCCAGUUGCACUACCAGGACCUGCUGCAGCUGCAGUACGAGGGUGUAGCAGUCAUGAAGAUGUUUGAUAAGGCCAAGGUCAACGUCAACCUGCUCAUUUUCCUCCUCAACAAGAAGUUCUUCAAGAAGUAA